UUCGUUCUCUUUGUCUCUCUCUUCUGGAGAGAUUAAGCAGAAAGGAAUUUUGCAAGAGUUUCUACAAUCCGUGCGAUUCUUAUUGUAGACGCUGAGGCAGAAGGAUAUCGCAAGAUUCGUCGAGGAGCUAGAUAGAGGGUGUACGAAGGUUUUGAGAGAGCGGGUUUAGCAAGGAUGGACAAAAUGAAGAUAGCACUGGUGCUUUUGUGCUGCGUUUCCUUUGCGGUUGCCAUCGCAGAAGCCUCGGAGUUCUGGGAUGACUUUUACGUGAACUUUGGAGACUGGAAAGUGAAGUACCCUGGAAUGGAAACUGGAAAGAUUGUGGAUCUUGCUCUCGAUCAGGAAACUGGGUCAGGUUUUCGCUCAAAGUACCCUUUCCUCUUCGGACAACUUGGAAUGAAACUGAAGUUGGUGGGAGGAAACUCCGCCGGAACAGUCACUUCUUUCUACCUUGCCUCGGUCUACGAGAAAUGGUCUGAGCUGGACUUUGAAUUCUUGGGCAACACUUCUGGCGACCCAUACAUAUUGCAAACUAACGUCUUCUGCGAGGGUAAGGGCGACCGUGAGCAACGUAUCUACCUCUGGUUCGACCCCUCUGCUGACUACCACUACUACGGCAUCCGCUGGAACAAGGACUUGAUUUUGUUCAUGGUCGACGAUGUGGUGAUCAGAGUCUUCCACAACCCCAAGGAUCUUGGCCUUCCUUACUUGGAAUACCAGCCCAUGUACGUCUACUCCAGCAUCUGGAAUGGAGAGAGCUGGGCAACUCGUGGAGGCGCAGAGAAGACAGACUGGUCGCAGCAGCCAUUCGUUGCUUCCUACAAGGAGUUCGAUGUGGACUCGUGCAGGGUGGACAGCCACGGGGAAGAGAUUGAGGACACUCAUGAAUGCUACAAGAAGUUGUACAGCAGCUGGUACGGCCAGCCCGACGUCGGAAAGCUGACCCAAAAGCAGGUCGAUGAUCUGAAGCGCAUCCAGUACAACUACGUCAUCUAUGACUACUGCACGGACGCCGGAAGGUUCAACUCGACCCCACCUGAAUGCGCCAGGAACUGGCCUCAGUACUGGACUGAGAGCUGAGUGGCAACCAGCUUCCACCUCUAGCAUGAAUUAGGACCGUUUGUGAAGUGAACACCACAAUCCUUCUGCCUUCCACAUGGCAGUCGAGACUGGACUGGAUCAGAAGAAGCUGAUUCUGAGAAAUCAAGAACUUUUGGCUAUUUCCAGUCUGCCUGUUAUUCAGCAGACUUGUUCUGGUGAUCUUAGGAGUGAUCAACCGCUGCUAAAUAGCACUCAUUCCUGUCUCUACCAGUCCUGCUGAAUAGACCGCAGGAGCAGAAUGUGGCAGUAGCAUUCUUCUGUAGCAAGUUUAUCGUUUCUGGUAUUAAAGUGCCGGUUCAUCGGUUUCAAGCGAAUUGCACGCAUUGUGCUUUAUUAUUUCGAAAUAUUUGUAAUAAAAGGCCACUCUGGGGUUUUGUGCCCAUCUCGGUCAUGAGCCUCAGACUUUAUGAGC